ACCCUAUUGUUUGGGGGGUCCAUAGGGUUGUCCCGAGGCCGAGUGCUUCAGGCUGAGCUGCCCCAUGGGGGGGCUGGAGAAGCAGCAGAGGGUGACGCUGCACCUCAGUGCCCGUCUAUGGGCACGAUCCUUCCUGCAGCGGGAUGUCCGUGCUCAGACUUUGCGCUGUGAUGCCGAGUACCGGGUGCUGCGGCUGCCCUAUAGAGUGAGACCCCAACACUACCCCAGCCAGAGCCUGCAGGUGGUGACGGGGCUGCAGUGGGCUCGUGCCGAGGGCAGCGCGGGGGUCCCGCUGUGGGUGGUGGUGCUGGCCGUGCUGCUGGGGCUGCUGCUGCUCGGCCUGCUCAGCUACGGCCUCUAUAAGCUGGGGUUCUUCAAGCGCUCGGUGCCCUAUGGCACCGCCAUGGAGAAGGCCCAGCUGAAGCCCCAGGCGGCGUCGGAGGCGUAAAGGGGACCCGGCACCGGCGGCAUCACCGGGACGGCACCGAUGAUACCAGGCACCGAUAGCGGCACCGGGUCCAGCCCCAUGGAACCAACUGGGACUGACGGCAGCACCGGGAGCAGCCGGGUGGGAAACAACAACGGGGGCAACAGCAGAGAGAGAUGGGAUGGAACCGGGGGGGGGAUGGGGAUGGAUGGCACCUGGUGGGCACCACUGCCAUGGCAUCACUGUGCCAAUGCUGUCACCAUGAUGGGUAUAGCCAUGAUGGCACCAAUGUGCCUUCAGCAUCAUCACGAUGGACAUGGCCAU